AUGGUUGGGCAGAAACUGUCAAUUGUUACUGAUAAACCUCAAACUACUCAUCAUCGAGUUCUUGGAAUAUGUUCUGGUCCAGAUCAUCAGGCUUGGAAUUUCUUUCAUGUUAAUGAGUCAAGGAUUUCAUAUUUUCAGAAGCCUUCAGAUGUUGAAUUGGAGAAGGACAAUAAUGAUCUUAAGGAGGAGGCUGAAGCGCAAGAAGAAGCCUGGAAACAGACCCUAGCUUCCUUCAAAGAACAAGCGAUGAAGGUGCAAGCUGUGUCACAAGAAGCGUAUGAGGUGUAUUCCGAUAAAGCUAUGAUCAUUUUGAAAGAAACUUCUGAGAAAUUAAAAAUUCAAGCGGAUAAGGCAAGAGAAGAUUGGACUAUAAUUGCAAAGGAAAUUAGUGAGGAGAGUAAAGAAUAUUUAACCACUGCUGCUGAGAAAUCACCUGAACCAGUGAAGGAUAUUGUUGAAACAUUUGUUUCCUCUGCAGAUGAAUUGAAUGACGUGUCGAAAGUGCAAGACUUCUAUGUGGGAAUACCUGAAGGUAUGUAG